AUGUCGCCCUCCGUGGACGGACGGGAGUUGCCUGCGAUUGCGCCGUCGUCGGGUUCGGGCUCGUCGAGGCGGGGGGUCCCGCCCGGCCUUCGCGCGCGCGACGUGGAGAGGCGAGAGCGGUUCAAGGAGCAGUGGAACGAGGCGGCCAAGGAGGUGGACGCGGCGGCGGUCACGAUCGUGAACGAGGUGAACGGCGAGGGUGCGCCGCCGAGGCUCGUCGAGGAUUUCAAGUACCUCGAGCGGAGGUAUCAAGUGCGCGAAGAACUCGAGCAGACCAGAAGGGAGGGAUUACAGCUUCUCGUCAGCUGUAGUUGCAAGGAGAAGUGCAAAGCGGACAAAUGCGACUGCCAAGACCCAUCCGAGUACCAAGAUCCUCAGAGCGGUGACCGCAAAUUCGCGUACAGCAAAAAGGGCUUGUUCACAUUCCGCCUUCCUCGAGGGAUGGAGGCCAUCGAGUGCAAUCAGGCGAGUUACUCGUAUCCAGAUGCUAAUUGCGCAUGCGGAGAGGUCUGCCGGAAUCGCGUUGCGCAGCGUCCGAGAGACGUGCCUAUCGAGGUCUUCCGGACGCUCGACCGCGGAUGGGGCGCACGCGCGACUAUCCCACUCCAACGCGGGCGGGUCGUCGGGAUUUACACCGGGUGCGCCGACACCGUGGCUAAUCCGCGCGUUCUUUUGCUAAAACCUACUCCGGCACAGAGAACUGAUGACGGCGAGCGCAGGUCGUACAUCUUCGACCUCGACGUUCACGAGAACGGCGAGGAGGACGAUGGGGACGACAACAAGUUCUCCGUCGACGCGUGGUCGUACGGGAACUGGACGCGGUUCAUCAACCACUCGUGUUCGCCCAACAUGCGCGUGUACCCCGUCGUCUGGGACACCAUCCCGGAGCUCAACCAGCCCUACCUCGCGUUCGUCGUCACGCGCGACCUCCAGGCGCGCACCGAGCUCACGAUCGACUACGACCCCAAGGCGGCCCACCCGGACGGCUCGGACGCGCAGCCGAGCUCGCAGCUCGAACGGCCCCGGGGCGCGCGCGACUGCAUGUGCGGCGCGGACGGCUGCCGCGGCUGGGUCUCGGUGUGA